AUGUCGGAAGGGGUGGACACCCAGCCCGUGGCCCUCGGGGCAUCCCGGGUGGAGCUCCGCGUUUCCUGCUGGAACCUCUCCGAGCGCGAAGGUGCUGUCAAGCCCAACCCAUGCCUGGUCCUUCAGCUGCUCAGUGACGGCCAGUGGAACGAGGUGGGGCACUCCGAGGUCCUCCGUGGGUCACAGAACCCGGUCUUUGCUCACGUCUUUGCCCUGGACUAUUUCUUUGAAGAGAUGCAGGUCCUGAAAUUUGCCGUGUUCGACAUUGAUGGAGAGAGCGCGGAAAGCCCGGAGGAGGAUGCUGGAGACCUACUUGGCUCCACUGAAUGCACCUUGGGGCAGAUUGUCUCCCAGACCAAGGUCACCAAGCCGCUGGUGCUGAGAAACGGAGAGGUCGCGGAGAAGUCGACUAUCACGGUCGAAGCCGAAGAGGUCUCCACAACAAACGAGUUUGUGCAGCUGGAAUUUCAUGGGCAGGAGCUGGACGACAAGGAUUUCUUCAGCAAAUCCGACCCGUUCCUGGAGAUAUACAAGGUCAACAACAAUGAAACUGAGAGUCUGGUUUGGCGGACGGAGGUGGUGAAGAAUAACUUGAGUCCCCGGUGGGCACCGUUCCGUGUCUCCUUGCAGUCUCUGUGUAGUUGUGACCCUGAGAAAGCCAUCCGGUGCAUCAUUUAUGAUCACGACUCCAGCGGGAAGCAUGACUACAUCGGCGAGUUCAGCACCAGCUUCCAGCAGAUGCUGCCGGCUUCCACAGGAGAGGAGGUGAAAUGGGAAUGUAUUAAUCAUAAAUACCAAGAAAAGAAGAAGCAUUACAAGAAUUCUGGGUACAUUGUUCUCACACAGUGCAAGGUGGAGAAAGUCCACACCUUCCUGGAUUACAUCAUGGGUGGCUUACAAAUCUCCUUUACAGUGGCCAUCGACUUUACAGCCUCCAACGGGGACCCUCGGAGCGAGCACUCCCUGCACUUCAUCAACCCCAAGGAGCCCAACGAGUACCUGAAGGCCCUCUCCUCCGUGGGCGAAAUCUGCCAGGACUACGACAGCGACAAGCGGUUCCCCGCCUUCGGCUUUGGCGCACGGAUUCCUCCAGACUUCGAGGUGUCCCACGAUUUCGCCAUCAACUUCGAGCCAGAGAACCCGGAGUGCGAAAGGAUCUCCGGGGUGAUCGAGGCCUACAAGCGCUGUCUGCCCCAGAUCCAGCUGUACGGCCCCACCAACGUGGCGCCCAUCAUCAACAAGGUGGCUGCUCCCGCGGCAGAGGAGGAGAAAACGGGGUUGCCCACGAAGUACCGUGUGCUGCUGGUCCUCACGGAUGGCGUGGUGAGCGACAUGCCGGAGGCAUGUGACGCGGUGGUCCGGGCCUCGCGCCUGCCCCUUUCCAUCAUCAUCGUGGGCAUCGGAAACGCCGACUUCUCCGACAUGCGGGAGCUGAACGGCGACCGUGGGAUGCUGGAGUCCGAGGAGGGCCGGGCCGUCCGUGACAUCGUCCAGUUCGUGCCUGUCCGGGAAUUCAAGAAGGCGCCCCCGAACGCCCUCGCCAAGUGCGUCUUGGCCGAGGUGCCCAAGCAGGUGGUGGAGUACUACGGCAGCAAAGGGAUCGCCCCGGUGACACAGAGGACCAGCUCCCCACUUCCCCAGUGA